GUUUUCAAUUGGUCCGCUGUUGAAUCGGUUGCAUCCCCUCCAGGCAUAUAAUUUAAAGAGACUACCAACGCGUAUUGUGGGAAAAGUCGAGAGAGUGAUCCCUUGGAAAUGUGUUUGAGAGGAAAUAGGAAAGGCAAAAUGAUGCUCAUGCCGUUGCUAGGGACAGUGUCACUGCUUCUGGCAGUGGCGGUUGCCGUGCCCUCGCAAGAGAAACGUGUGCAUCACCACGGCGACCUGAGCGACCAUCCCCAUGACGACGCCCAGGGCUACCAGUUUGACCACGAGGCUUUCCUGGGAAAGGAAGAGGCUAAGACCUUUGAUCAGCUGACUCCCGAGGAGAGCAAGGAAAAACUGGGGAAGAUAGUGGAUCGCAUCGACACGGACCGCGACGGGCACAUCAGCCACGGGGAGCUGCACCAGUGGAUCAAGCACAGGCAGAACAGAUACAUCCAGGAGGACGUGGACAAGCAGUGGAAAGAGUUCGACCUCAACAAUGACGGACAGGUCUCCUGGGGGGAGUACAAAAACAAAACCUAUGGCUACUUCCUGGAUGAGAAGUUUGGAGACGGUGACGAGAAGUCCAGCUACAAGUCCAUGGUCUCCAGGGACGAGAGGAGAUUUAAAACCGCGGACAGAAACGCGGACGGCCUGGCAACCAAGGAGGAGAUGACAGCAUUCCUACACCCUGAACUGUAUGACCAUAUGAAGGACGUGGUUGUGAAGGAAACAAUAGAGGACAUUGACCUGAAUGGGGAUGGGCUCAUAAACCUAGAAGAGUACAUAGGUGACAUGUUCUCGCCUGAAGAUGGAGAGACCGAGCCUGAGUGGGUGACCACCGAGAAAAAACAGUUUGUGGACUUCAGGGACCUGAACAAGGACGGGGUUCUGGACGCUGCCGAAGUGGCCAAAUGGAUCCUUCCUGGAGAGAUCGACCACACGGACAACGAGGCGAGGCACCUCAUUCACGAGACCGACAGAGACAAGAACGAGAAACUCACCAAGGAGGAGAUCCUGGCCAAUUGGAACAUGUUUGUUGGAAGCCAGGCAACCAAUUAUGGGGAAGACCUCACCAGGAGACACGAGGAGCUUUGAUAACGUUUGAGUGCAAGGGCUUGGGGAGUCGGGGGUAGAAGUGGUGCAGGUUGGAGAGGGUGGACAAGAUGUAACAAAUGCAUUGCUUUUGUUUGGGGGAGAGGGGUCUUGGGAGCAAAGGCACUGUAAAAGCAGCGGUAGCAUUGGCAUAAUUGUGGUAAAGCAUCGUCACACCACAGAUGACUCUAGGGUAAGAUAAUAAUAAUAAUAGUCAAAAGCUAAAAAUGUAUUAUUUCAAAAGCUUCACCAUAAUUUAAACAUUCCAUACUUCAUCCUGUAAUUAGUAUACACACAUCCAAUAUGUUAGUACUGUACUGUGUUAAGUACAGCAAUACAACAGCCCUAGUGAGCCUCAUUUCAAUACACAAAAAAAUGCACUGAACCCCACACAGCACGUAUUUAUACCGUACAGCAACACACGGCUUUACCACAAUUUACCAACAGCUCCUGCAGGCCAGACUGGGGUUUUGGGGGUCCCUGACUAGAAUGGAAUAAACUGCAAUACACUGCAGUCGUGUGGAGGGAGGGAUGAAUUACCAAAGCUAGGAGAACAAUGAGAUUU